UUCGGUCUUUUGAGUAAUUUCCAUUCUUGAUCGAACUUCCAGUCUGCAAGAAUACUAUCCAUUCACAUCACAAUCGUUCUCUUCCAUCGAGCAUCAUGGCUGAGAAACGUAUCAAGAGCGAGCAAACCUUCGACUAUGACACGGUGACGGCAAUCAUCUACUGCAUGUUAAAGGACGGUGUGGUCCUGGGCGCCCGACACUAUGAGACCAUGUCUGCUUUGAGUGGCACUCGCACAGCUUCUGCAUUCCAACACGACUUUCGCGAUGUGAAGCGACGAGCGAAAGACUUGCUCGACAAAGGCGAUGUUCUCGGCCCGAAGAACAAAGACGAUGACAAUUCCACCGAGCUCAAGAACGGAAAGAAGGCUACAGCCAAGUCCACGGGAAAACGAGGUCGCAAGCCUAAAGAUGCGCAGCAGCCCGCCAAAACUGGAGGCUUCGAUGAGAACGAGACCAUGGAUGAAAACGCGAAUAAGAAAAUCAAACUGGAGACUUAGGAUACGUUCGAGACAUAGGAUUCAAUCAAUUUUCUCCAAGAGAGAGGCGUGACUGGCGGAAAAAGGCACAUCUACCCUCGGGGCCGUCAUGCAGCCUGUCACACUCAGUAACUGGCACAGUCUUCCCGGCGGAGCGAUGGUACUCGCUGACUUGAAAAUGCAGCAGAAUAAUUGAAUAAAGCAUUACUUUCCCUCGUUUGUCACGCCUCGAAAUUAUCAUGAAAAGCCUCU